CCCCCCUCUCUAUCUCCAAGAGAAAAAGGGAAGAACAUAAAUUUUUGUCUCUGAUCCCUCCCUUCCUCUUUUAGGCCAAACAAACUAUCCACCGCCUUCCGAACUCCUUCUGAGACCAGAAGUUUGGAAUCCAUCAGUGCCAGAACCUCUCAUCAUGUUCUCUAGCAGCAGCAGUCACCAGUACAUCCACAAGUGAACUCCCCACUUGAUAAAAGAGAGCCAAAAAAAGAGUAAGAUUCCACACUCCUCUCCUCAAAUCCUCCCUCAAGCCCUAAAUAGGAUCCACUCUCCAUCUCUCCCCACCAACCCCCCAUCGGAUCAUUCUAGCCCCUCUAGAUCUGUUCAGCAGAUCGAUCACAGCCACCUAGCACAUCCAACCUCCCAUCCAUAUCACCAUCGCCCUAAAAAAGCAAGAGAGCUUCAACCAGCAGCCAUGCCCACCAUCAAAUGAAUUAUAUCGCUACAUACAUAUUCAUGUUGCUCUCUCUCUCUCUCUCUCUCUCUCUCUCUCUGUAUGUAUGUAUGUGUCUGAAAAAUAGAAACAAAUCCCUCAGCAUGCACCAAAUCCCAGAUCAAUCAUCAUCAUUUCAUUAUCAAAACUAAUAUAUUAAGUAUAUUUAUUUAUUUAUAUAUAGGACCCCCCCCCCUCCCCCUCCCCGUCUAGCAAAGAAAGGAGAAGAGCAGGAAAAGCUGCGAAAAAAGAGGAGAUAAUUUACCGAGAGAGAGAGAGAGAGAGAGAGAGGGAGGGAGAGAUCGGAGUUUGGUACACCUUCCACGAUAUAGGACCAUGGAAAUAGUACCCAACCCAAAUAGGUCUUCUUCAGAAGGCUUGGUCACCAGCACCAACGCCUCCUCCUCCGCCACCGCGACAGCCUCCAGUCCCGGCUCCUCCUCCCCCUCUCCCAGCCGCUACGAGUCCCAGAAGCGCCGCGACUGGAACACCUUCGGCCAGUACCUCAAGAACCACCGGCCGCCGCUCAGCCUCACGCGUUGCAGCGGCGCCCACGUCCUCGAAUUCCUCCGCUAUCUGGACCAGUUCGGCAAGACCAAAGUCCACACCCAGAUGUGCCCCUUCUUCGGCCACCCCAACCCCCCCGCUCCCUGCCCAUGCCCGCUCCGCCAGGCGUGGGGCUCCCUCGACGCCCUCAUCGGUCGCCUCCGCGCCGCCUACGAGGAGAACGGCGGCAAGCCCGAAACCAACCCCUUCGGCGCCCGCGCCGUCCGCCUCUACCUCCGCGAGGUCCGCGAGAUGCAGGCCAAGGCUCGCGGCAUCAGCUAUGAAAAGAAGAAGCGCAAGAAGCCACCUCCGCAGCCGCACGGCGGCGGCGCCGGCCCCUCCGACCAUCCCCACAGCCCCCCACCGGCCACCGGUGCAACAGCCUGAUCGUUCCACGAGCUCGAGUGCCGGCCUUACCUACCAUCCCUCAUAUUGGUAUGUCUAUCUGCACAAUAUUGUAGUUGUAGCCCAGACUAGUAUCUUGCUCCCUAAACUGCUGCUGUCAAACUACUGAGAGUUGCUGUUGUUAGUGGCAGCAGUUGUAGCAGCACGAGCUGCUGCUGCUGCUGCUGCUGCAACAUUAGCGCUGACCAGUAGUAGUAAUAAUAAUAGCAGCAGCAGCAGCAGCGGCAAGAAGUUGUGAUAAGGAACGACGGAGUACUGUACUUUGGAACGGAUAGGUCAUUUCUUACUACAGAUUAUGUGCUUGAGAUCUUAUGUAUGGAAGGUGAAAGAUCUUUGAACAUCAUGUGUCCGCUCACUGCUUUCGGUUUGUUUCUUUUUAAGGAAUUAAAGUAGUGAUCCACGGAAGCUCUCUAGCUACCUUUGAGAUCAUGAGUCAGUACUGUAGAGAA